GGAAGUGCCCAGCUUUCCGGAAGUGCCCGGCUGGCUGACAGAGAGGAGAUUUUCCUCAACGCUGCAAGGAGAGAGCUGUGGUUCUGGGGCUUGGGUGACGGCUGGAGGAGAGACUCUGGGUUGAGGUGGGCGUCAGGAGAGAGCUGGACAGCGGGAUGAUGGAGGAGGAGGAGCUGGAGUUCGUAGAGGAGCUGGAAGCCGUGCUGCAGCUCACGCCUGACGUGCAGCUCGCCAUCGAGCAGGUAUUUCCAAGCCAGGAUCCUCUAGAUCGAGCAGAUUUCAAUGCCGUGGAGUAUAUCAAUACCCUGUUCCCAACGGAACAAUCUCUGGCAAACAUAGAUGAAGUUGUGAACAAAAUUAGACUGAAAAUAAGGAGACUGGAUGACAAUAUUCGAACUGUUGUAAGAGGUCAAACAAAUGUGGGGCAGGAUGGCAGGCAAGCACUUGAAGAGGCUCAGAAAGCUAUUCAGCAACUCUUUGGCAAAAUCAAAGAUAUCAAAGACAAAGCAGAAAAAUCAGAGCAAAUGGUUAAAGAAAUCACCCGUGAUAUUAAACAGCUAGAUCAUGCCAAACGCCACCUGACCACGUCGAUCACAACACUGAACCAUCUGCACAUGUUAGCAGGUGGCGUGGAUUCCCUCGAAGCUAUGACCAGGCGAAGACAAUACGGAGAAGUUGCUAAUCUUCUUCAGGGUGUGAUGAAUGUUCUGGAGCACUUCCACAAGUAUAUGGGAAUUCCACAGAUCCGGCAGCUUUCUGAAAGAGUGAAGGCUGCCCAGACUGAGUUAGGACAGCAAAUCCUGGCUGAUUUUGAAGAAGCAUUUCCUUCCCAGGGCACCAAGAGGCCAGGAGGACCCAGCAAUGUCCUACGGGAUGCAUGUCUGGUUGCUAAUAUUUUGGAUCCUAGAAUCAAACAAGAAAUCAUCAAAAAGUUUAUUAAACAGCAUCUGUCAGAGUAUCUAGUACUUUUUCAAGAAAACCAAGAUGUCGCCUGGCUGGACAAAAUCGACAGACGCUAUGCCUGGAUAAAACGCCAGCUUGUGGACUAUGAGGAGAAAUAUGGUCGUAUGUUUCCACGUGAGUGGUACAUGACCGAGAGGAUUGCAGUAGAAUUUUGCCAUGUCACAAGGACAGAACUUGCCAAGAUUAUGCGCACCAGAGCUAAGGAAAUUGAAGUGAAAUUGCUUCUGUUUGCUAUUCAGAGAACAACUAACUUUGAGGGGUUUCUCGCCAAACGCUUCUCUGGGUGCACCCUGACAGAUGGAACUCUGAAAAAACUUGAGUGUCCACCCCCAUCCACCAAUCCCUUCCUGGAAGAUGAGCCAACACCAGAGAUGGAGGAACUGGUGAUGGAGAAAGGAGAUUUAGAUCAGCCAAAGAAGCCGAAAGCCCCAGACAAUCCAUUUCAUGGCAUUGUUUCCAAGUGUUUCGAGCCUCAUCUCUACGUGUAUAUUGAGUCCCAGGACAAAAACCUUGGCGAGCUGAUUGAUCGGUUUGUGGCCGAUUUUAAAGCCCAGGGGCCACCUAAGCCCAAUACUGAUGAAGUGGGUGCUGUGCUCCCCAGCUGUGCUGACCUCUUUGUCUACUACAAGAAGUGCAUGGUGCAGUGCUCUCAGCUCAGUACUGGGGAGCCAAUGAUCGCCCUGACCACCAUUUUCCAGAAGUACCUCCGAGAAUAUGCCUGGAAAAUCCUUUCUGGCAAUCUACCCAAAACCACAAGCAGCAGUGGAGGGCUGACCAUCAGCAGCCUCCUCAAGGAGAAGGAAGGCUCAGAAGUAGCCAAGUUCACGCUCGAGGAGCUCUGCCUCAUCUGCAGUAUCCUGAGCACAGCCGAAUACUGUCUGGCCACCACCCAGCAGCUAGAAGAAAAACUCAAGGAAAAAGUUGAUGUAAGUCUGACUGAACGAAUCAAUCUGACUGGAGAAAUGGAUACGUUCAGCACUGUCAUCUCUAGCAGCAUCCAGUUGUUGGUCCAAGAUCUGGAUGCUGCCUGCGAUCCUGCCCUGACUGCCAUGAGCAAGAUGCAGUGGCAGAAUGUGGAGCACGUUGGUGACCAGAGCCCUUAUGUCACCUCUGUCAUUCUUCACAUUAAACAGAAUGUCCCUAUCAUCCGUGACAACCUGGCUUCCACACGGAAAUACUUUACUCAGUUCUGCAUUAAAUUUGCAAACUCCUUCAUUCCCAAGUUUAUAACCCACCUCUUCAAGUGCAAGCCAAUUAGCAUGGUGGGAGCGGAACAGCUGUUGCUGGACACCCAUUCCCUGAAGAUGGUCCUGCUUGAUCUACCUUCCAUUGGCUCACAGGUGGUGAGGAAAGCACCUGCCAGUUACACCAAGAUUGUUGUGAAAGGCAUGACCCGCGCAGAAAUGAUACUCAAGGUAGUGAUGGCUCCUCACGAACCAUUGGUGGUGUUUGUUGACAACUACAUCAAACUCCUUACGGACUGCAACACAGAAACCUUCCAGAAGAUACUGGACAUGAAGGGGCUGAAGAGAAGUGAGCAGAGCAGCAUGCUGGAGCUUCUACGCCAGAGGCUCCCCACUCCACCUUCAGGUCCAGAAGGCUCCAGCUCCCUGUCCUUACUGGCCCCAACACCAGAACAGGAGUCCUCACGUAUCCGCAAACUAGAGAAACUGAUUAAAAAGAGACUGUAGGAGCUGACACAGGGCACUUUUGUCCCCUGGCCUGUGAUGCUCAGCAACCCCCCCCCCCCCCUGUGCUCCCCCUGACUCUCGGAUCAUCUGUCUUGAAAAUUCCUGAGACAUAUGGGUUGUUAAUGAGUCUUGCCCAUGACCUGUCUUAAUCUGCGUCCUGAUCAAGAAGCCAAGCAAGGGCAGGGUGAAGAAAAGCCUCCUUAGUUGAUCCCAGAUUCCUACAGCAGAGGCGGCAGUGGGUGAAAGGACCCCACAGUCCACUUGUGUUCCUGGGCUGCUUUCAGCCCAUCCCAUUGUCACCGGUCUAGCUCCCCAACCUCUGCAGUCAAAUCCGUCUGGCUUGUGGCCCCGUCUCCCGUGCCUGUGCAGGCAGCUUGGGUGAGAAAACCUGGAUCCCACCCUUUCCUCCGUCUGCUGCUGUUUGAGGUUACCUCUGCAGCCAAGCCCUAAGACUUGUCCUCUCUGCUCUGUGGGCUUGGCUCUGGAGGAGGUAGCAGAAUACAGGUGGAGGACAUUGGCCUUGCCUUAUGAAGGCAGUGGAGGCAGGAACACUCUUCCUCAUAGGUCCAUUUUCCUGGUACAUAAUUGUCAUGACUGGGCCAGUGCGUUCUUCUCAUUUCUCCAUAACUAACAGUCCCCUGUCUGUAUACGUCUAAGGAGAAAUUCCCACUGUGUGUCUCACCUGGGAAGAUUCUAUGUGUUCUCUGUGCCGUAGGGCUCCUUGCUUGGGGCUGGGGAUAGACCUGUAUCUGUCCACUCACUGCAUGAUGUAAGCAGAUUAUUUUCUCCAUAUCUUUAUCCCCACCCUGCUCCUGACUUCUAGGGAAGGGAUGGCCUUCUGUGAAGAGAAACUAGGACGUUUUCCUAGAAAAACUUGUCCUAGGCUUUCUCCUCAGAUGAAGCUGUGGGACAGUGCAGGAGGCCUGAGCCCUUUAAUCCCCUUCCUGCCCAUUUAUUUUCAAACCCAAAUUACUUUCCAGAAUGAUCUGAAACAACAAAAGCCAUAUGAAGUGCCAGAGUGACCUAUGACUUUAUUACUAUCGGGAAAGAACGCAGGUCCAUGGAUACCUUAGGAACAGAAUGUUGGUCUUAAACACCUGCUCAGAGCCUGCCCCAGCCCUCUAGAAAGGGGCCAAUGGGCCCAUCUACAAAUGGCACCACCACUUGGGCCAUCUGUCAUCAACCUGGGGAGCCGGGGAAGCCGGCAGGCUCCACAUGGUUCUUGUCACUCUCGGUGUUUAUCAAUGCAUACUUCUCUUUUCAGUUCAUUCCUGAAGAGUCAUUUUCUGGACAUCUCCAUAACGCAUUGAGAUGUCAAGCCGAUGUUUUCCCCCAGUUGGUGGUCACAGCCAGGGAAGUUGCUUUCUUGAUUUAUUACAUUGUCAGGAAUCUCCAAGGAGCCAGCAGAUGUCAGGAGGAGUUAUGUUAAAUGCCUCAUUGAAGGGGUCUGAAUGCUGCAUAUGCGUCCUCUAAAGACAGCGUGUUUCUCAGCUGGGGAUAUGUGUCAGAAUCAUGCGGGGCUCUUUUUACACCUACAGUUGCCUGGAGAUUCUGAAUCAGUAUGUUUGGCGUAGGGCCUGGCGUAGAAGUAAUUAUAAUGUUUACCCUUUUGUUAAAAACCACUGCAAUAAAAUUAGACACUGUACCCAUUCCACACCCCCCACCUGCUUUCUCUAAGUUUAAAAAAAAAAAAAACUUUGAAGCCACUUUAUGUGGGUAAAAUAAAUAUGGACCAUUUAUAACUGAAAAAGAGCUGCUGUUCUUAUUAUGGACAGACUUCCUGCUGGCUGGCUUAGAGGGGCCCAGGCUGGAGAAAGUUCCGUUUGGAUCAUAACAGUGAGACAGGAACCACAAUGGCUAGAGUGUUUUGACCUCCAAGUUCAGUUCUGGAAUUGAAAUUGUCACCACUCCCUUUCCUCUCUUAAGGAACAAAGAACUAGUACCUAGGACUUUGCCUGCCCUCCCCCCCCCCCCCCCCCGCCCCGAAAAAGGUGUCUGGUCUCUCAUGCCUAGGAUGGCUCUUCCGUGCAGAUCAAACAGGCCUGAGAGCAGACUGCCAAAGACCAGGGUGACAGUUGUGAGGCCAAUGGGGCGAGCAAGCAGGUCCAGCUGCUGCCUGAUGUGGGGCUGUUACACCGCUCCUGGAUUGCUGCUGGACAAGGAAACCUGGUUCCCUAUUUGUGGAAUGCUAGGGAAAAAUGCCAAAAGGUCACAGCUGGAAAUGUAAUUCCUCUCCCUAGGAAGAGAAAUCUCAAAAAAAAAAAAACUAACUUGCUGACGGUAAACCCAGUGUUUCACACUUUUUGUCUACUCUAAGUCAGAUUUCUAAAAAUAAAAUCAUUAGAACUGCAUUGGGCCCCUUAAACAAUAGCCUUAGAAACAUGGCCGCAUGAAAAGCUGGAAUGCAGAAAGAGUCCGUGUUGCACUGUAUAUAGCAAAUCCAAAUUUCCAGUCUCAUUCUAGGAUUUAUCAAAAUAGAUAGCCUCUCAGACCCUCAAAGUUGCAUACCUUUGGGAGGUAUCAGUUUCCUUAAAAUAAAGAGACUGCGUUUUGUGUAAAUAUCUUU